AUGUUACUAAGGGAUGAGCUGAGCGAGGCGAUAGAGUCACCGCCAUUUUGGGUUGAAUCGGACGAGGAAUCGAGUGAGGACUCAGAGGAUACCAAUUCCGAGUCAGAAGAUGGAAGAUACAGCCUGGGAGGCCAGAUCAAGGAGAUUAUCCAAGCGCUGAACGACAUCCGGUCCCAAUUGGCUGAGCAGAAUAAGUACCUGGAUGUGCUCACGGAGAAAUACAUAGCCAGGCCGGCGCAGAUCACUUUCACGGAGGACGAAUGGGAGACUGAGACUGAUGAGGAGGAUCAGAUCCAGUGGGAGGAUAGUGUAGAGCCUGUCGAGCACGAGGUGCAGGCUCUUCCAGACGAGGUCAAUGUCGCUUCCGCGCGAGAAUGGACGAAGGAAGCCAGACUGGCCGAGGCCAGCAGUGCCCAGCAUCGCUAUAUCCUGGGCUUCACAGUCGCUACUGUAUUCUAUCUCCCAAUGGGUCUCAUCACAUCCUUCUUCGGCAUGCAUCUAUUCAAAUCAGAUGUCGCCAUGGAGACUUCACAAACACCUAUCAUCCCCAUCUUCCUCAUCUUGUCUCUCACGACGUAUGUCUUCGCGGCAUGUGCACUCUGGCUGGUCCGAGACGGAGACAAGGUCAAGAAGAUGAUCAACUCUUGGAGCCCGGCAGACAUAAACCAAACAAGCCAGAGACCCUCGAAUCUGAGACUUCCAAACCUGAUGCGAAGAAGGAAAGCAUGGGAGGCGGCUCUCUAA